AUGAGAAGAACCCUACUCAGACCUCCAUUCUUUUACUCCUCUUCCCGUCCCCUUCAUUUAGUCGAUCCCAAAUCAUGUUCUUUGUAUCGCAAUGGCAAAUUAUUUCCAGAGAAUUCAGAGUCCAAUGUCACCUGCGUUUUCGGCGCGAAUUCCAGGUGUGUGUUCACGAACACUCUUCUCCCGCCUCCCGAAUGGAUAGAACCUUUUGUGGAUGUCUCUGAUGUAGUUUCAAGCUCCCAAGGCGUAGACCCAUCUCCAUGGGUGGCCCAAAUUUUGAAUCUUCUAGAUGGGUCUCCGAACAUGGAAGCCAAUUUAGAUUCUUUUUGUCGCAAUUUUUUGAUUAAGUUAUCGCCUAAUUUCGUUUCGUUUGUUUUACAAUCCGUUGAGCUUCGCGAGAAGCCUGAAAUUGCUCUGCGAUUCUUCUAUUGGACGGGUAAGCAGAAGAAAUAUGUUCAUAAGCUCGAAUGUUAUGUGUCUUUGAUUGAACUCCUGACUUUUUCGGCGGAUUUGGUCAGAAUCCGGUUGCUAUUCCGUGAACUUAAGGAUAAGGGUUUGUUGAUGAGUCUAUCAGCGGCGAAUUCUUUAAUUAAAAGCUUUGGGAAUCUUGGACUUGUUGAGGAACUGCUGUGGGUAUGGCGACGAAUGAAGGAAAAUGGGAUUGAACCGAGUUUGUUUACUUAUAAUUUCUUGGUUAAUGGAUUGGUGAGCUCCAUGUUUAUUGAAUCUGCUGAGAGGGUUUUUGAGGUUAUGGAUAGUGGAAAAAUUGUGCCAGAUACUGUGACAUAUAACAUUAUGAUGAAAGGAUACUGCAGGGCUGGGAAAACUCAGAAGGCAAUGGAGAAAUUUAGAGAUAUGGAAAUGAAGAAUGUGAAACCUGAUAAGAUUACAUACAUGACAUUGAUCCAGGCAUGCUAUUCUGAAGGGGAUUUUGAUUCGUGUUUGAGUCUUUACCUUGAAAUGGAAGAAAAAGGGGUGGAAAUUCCUUCUCAUUCUUAUAGUUUGGUCAUCGGUGGGCUCUGUAAGCAAGGAAAAUGUAUGGAAGCUUAUGCUGUUUUUGAGAAGAUGAAUCGGAAAGGUUCUAGAGCAAAUGUUGCUAUUUAUACGGCUUUGAUUGAUUCGUACUCGAAAAGUGGGUGCAUGGGAGAGGCCAUGAGGCUCUUUGAGAGGAUGAAAAAUGAAGGGCUUGAACCUGAUGAAGUAACUUACAGUGUUGUCGUUAAUGGAUUGUGCAAGAGCGGUAGAUUGGAGGAUGCAAUGGGAUAUUUUGAUUUCUGCCGAAGUAAAGGAGUGGCAAUCAAUGCCAUGUUUUAUGCCAGUAUAAUUGAUGGACUUGGAAAGGCUGGGAGAAUUGAAGAAGCAGAAAAUCUGUUUGAAGAAAUGUUCAGAAAGGGUUGUGCUCGAGAUUCAUAUUGUUAUAACGCCCUUAUAGAUGCUCUAGCCAAGGAUGGGAAGAUUGAUCAAGCUUUAGCACUCUUUGGGAGAAUGGAAGAUGAAGGUUGUGAUCAGACGGUUUAUACAUACACAAUUCUUAUCGAUGGGCUGUUCAAGGAACAUAGAAAUGAAGAGGCCAUAAAACUAUGGGAUACGAUGAUUGACAAAGGAAUUGCCCCAACUGCAGCUUCUUUCAGAGCUCUUGCCAUAGGGCUCUGUCUUUGCGGCAAGGUGGCCAGGGCUUGCAAAAUCUUGGACGAUCUAGCACCAAUGGGUCUCAUUCCUGAGACGGCAUUUGAGGAUAUGAUCAACACAUUGUGCAAAGCUGGACGCAUCAAGGAAGCCUGCAAAUUGGCAGAUGGGAUCGUGGAUCGGGGUAGGGAAAUACCGGGAAGAAUCCGUACUGUUCUCAUCAAUGGCUUGAGAAAGGCAGGUGAUGCUGAUUUAGCCAUUAAACUGAUGCAUAGUAAGAUUGGUAUAGGAUAUGAUCGGAUGGGUAGUAUCAAAAGACGAGUCAAGUUCAGAACACUUAUUCAAAAUUAAUCUUCCCUGCUCUCAUGCUAUACACUUAUUUUUUAUCGUUUCUUAAACCCUUACAAUGCCCAUCACAAGUUUUAUUUUGUUA